AUGUCUGGAGAUCAUGCUACAGAGGAAGCUCCUCCGGAGGUUCACCAUUACAACGAUAUCGGAGAAGUUCCUUGGGAUAUCCAGAAUUAUUGGGCACAGCGCUAUAAGAUCUUCUCCAAGUAUGAUGAAGGUGUAUGGCUAACAGAUGAUGCAUGGUUUGGCGUUACGCCUGAGCCAGUUGCCAAUAAGAUAGCUGAGCAUAUUGCCAGCGCUGCUCCUGCGUCUCGCAUGAUCUUGGUUGAUGCAUUUGCUGGAGCUGGCGGUAAUACCAUCGCCUUUGCACGAUCGGGUCGCUGGAAACGGGUUUAUGCUAUUGAGAAGAAUCCGGCUGUCUUGCAGUGCGCGAAGCACAAUGCCAAGAUAUAUGGAGUUGAGGAUAAGAUUACCUGGUUCGAGGGCGACAGUCUCCAGAUCGUGAACAACCAACUCAAGGAGCUGGGCCCAUAUAGUGUUCUGUUUGCAAGCCCUCCAUGGGUGGUAUGUUUUCAACUCCUCUUGCUUGUCUAUGGCUUCGAAGGUGCUAACACCUCCACAGGCCCUGGGUAUCGCUCCGACAAGGUAUUCAAUAUGAGCACAAUGGAACCCUAUUCCCUGGGUACGUUAUACGGCGAAUACGCUUUGUUUACGGACCAUAUUGUCCUCUAUCUCCCUCGGACCUCGGACGUGAAGCAGCUCGCGAAACUAGUCAAGGAUGGCGAAAAAGCAACAGUGAUGCAUUAUUGUAUGGAAGGCGCCAGCAAGGCGCUAUGCAUCUAUUACGGCGGGUUCAACCUCCAAUAG